CAAGUCUUGAAGAAAAACCUUUAACCCUUUGUAUUUGUCAUAUUAACACAGCCAAAAUGGUUAUGCCAGUGAAUAAACCUAAGAUUCUCAAAAAGAGAACGAAGCGAUUCAUCAGGCAUCAGUCUGAUCGCUACAAGCGUGUUGGGGAAAGCUGGCGCAAACCCAAAGGUAUUGACAACAGGGUUCGACGUAGGUUUAAGGGCCAAUAUUUGAUGCCAAGUAUUGGUUAUGGUAGUAACCGCAAAACAAGACACUUGAUGCCUGAUGGUUUUAAGAAGUUUGUUGUGCACAAUCUCAAGGUAAAUUAAAAUUUCAAAAAUGCAAGGUUCCAAAUAAUAGCUGGUCAAUAGACAAUGUCUGCCAAAAUACCUUUUGGGCUGGUCACAUUGUACCUGGUCAUGUCUGGCCAUUGAGCAGCUAUUAGCUUUAACUAUGAAAUGUAGGAUUUACUUUGAGGAACUGUUGUUUUUAAUUGUAUUUGUGAAAAUUGUGAAUAAUAAUGUAGAUUAUUACAUAGACUAUUUGCAUGGAUGCUCUUAUUAUAUGUGAUGCACCCUAAGUCGAUUCCUUUGUUGUACUGCAUCAUUAUGAGGCAUGGGGUGUAUUUCAUGAUUAGUAUGUUUGUGCGUAGUGUCUAAAAUUAGUUCACAGAUCAUGAAAAUUUACUGUGUAUCUUGUAUAGUUUAGUUUCGUUUCUAUACAUUGUUUAAUCAUACCUUCUCAACAAAAGCACCACAUUUUAACUGAAGCCUAAGUUCCUAUGAACUGUGGACAAGUAAUGGGAAUGUUGGCCGUCAAGAGAAGGAGAAUAAUGCAGUUUCUGUGG